GUCACAUAGGAGGGCGAGAAAGAAUCUAGACGAGACUCCACAGACACACGGCACAAAAUUACACAAUGCCAAGCUACAAACUCAUUUAUUUUAAUAUGAGGGGGAGAGCAGAAAUUAUUCGUUACAUAUUUGCAUAUUUGGACAUAAAGUAUGAAGACCACAGAAUAGAACAAGCUGAUUGGCCUGAAAUCAAACCAACUCUUCCAUUUGGCAAAAUCCCCAUUUUGGAAGUUGAUGGACUUAAUCUUCACCAGAGCCUAGCAAUAGCGAGAUACUUGACCAAAAACACAGAUUUGGCUGGAAAAACAGAACUGGAACAAUGUCAAGUUGAUGCUAUUGUGGACACAUUGGAUGAUUUCAUGUCACGUUUUCCUUGGGCUGAGAAAAAACAAGAUAUAAAAGAGCAGAUGUUUAAUGAGCUACUUAUAUAUGAUGCACCUCAUCUUCUACAAGAUUUGGAUACAUACUUAGGGGAAAAAGAGUGGUUCAUUGGUAACUCUGUAACUUGGGCAGAUUUCUACUGGGAAAUUUGCAGCACUACCCUUUUGGUCUUUAAACCUGACUUGUUGGACAUCCAUCCCAGGCUGGUGGCAUUACGGAAGAAAGUCCAAGCCAUCCCUGCCAUCGCUGACUGGAUACAACGAAGGCCCCACACCAGACUCUAGGGGUCCCUGCUGCCUCCAACUUCGCUGUUCGCUCCCAUCAGAUAAGAAGCUGUCUCCCCUCCCCCACUCCAUCAAGACUUCCUUUUGCCAUAUUCUGUUUGAAAAGAAAAAAAAGAGCAUUUAGUUGCCAGUAUCGUCCCCCCACCCCCAGCCCCGAAUAGUUACAACUGAGGAAAAAUAGUUUGAGGCAGGCCUCGCCUUGCAUCAGUCUGUCAUGCAUUAAUUGUGGCCGCAAUAGCUUAUUAAAUAACACAUUCCCCCUGAAAAUGGUUUGGACUUGUUACCAUGGUAACUGAGCAACUGCAUAAAGUAUAAACCUCGCUGCUAGCUCUUCAGUCCACAAAUCUCCAUGUAAAUAAGAUGCACAGCAAGACCAUGACCAGUGAUGUCACUUAUUUCAGUCUGUUAACGGUUGGACCCUGCACAUCUGUCUGUUAUUCACCCAGACAAUAAAGAGUGUAGGGGCAUCGGCUGCUUGUUUCUCAGUGAUAAACCAUCUUAUAAAAUUGGGUAAUUGAAAAAGGAAACUCACUAACAAAAAUGAAAAUGCAAUUAAGAAAUGAAAGUGAAACGGAAUUUUUGGACUGGAACCUGGAAUCUUUGUCCUUGUCCA